CUGCGCCUAAUGGGGCGUUGCCAUGGCAGGACCAAGUAUGGAGAAGUAUAAAAAGAGGAAAGGUCACUGAACGCACCUCAGUCGUUGACAGAAACCGAGGCAGACAAACCAGUGAGGCGUCGUUGCAGAGCAGAACAAUGAAGUUGUUGGUCCUGGCUUUAACCCUCGCCCUGCUGUUUAUAGCUGGCGAGACGCUGGACUGUCGUCGCUGCGUCCCACAACGGGCCGGAGGUACCUGUCAGAACACAGUGGAGACCUGCGCACCAAAUAAGAAUGCUUGCAUUGCGGCCAAGUUCACCCGAGAACCAUUUGGCCGUUUCCAGAGGUGCAUAGCUCUCUCUGACUGCAAAUUGCUCGAAAUGAACGCCUACAUAAAAGUCAAGUGCUGCACCGAAGACAUGUGCAACACCUUUUAAGACUUGGAAUCAAAGAAAAGUGACCAGCUGAGCAUCGAGGACCUAACCUCGAAUGGGUCCCAAGGCAGAAUGCAGCUCCGGUGGGCAUUUAGUGCAGUUUUUAGAACGACGUGCUGAAUAAAAAGAGCGUGGA